AUGGUACGCAAGGGGCUACGUGAGCUGGCAACUGCUUCUCUUCCCGCCGGCCAAAUCCCCUCUAGAUCAUUCACAGCUCAUCCGAAAGUCGACCUUAAGAGCAAAGAGCUUGUAUGCUGGGGCACGCAGACCAAGGGACCUGGCACAAAGGAUUGCUGUCACUUUGCCCUUGACUCAGACGGCAAGAAGACUGAGGAGUGCUGGUUCAAGAAUCCCUUCUGCGGUUUUCUGCACGACGCCGGAGUGUCCGAAGACUACGUCGCUUUGAUGCUCGUCCCGAUGCCUGUCGACAUCGAGGAAAUGAAAAAAGAUGGGUCGCACUAUACCUACGACCAUGAUCUGGAUCUUCACUGGGGUCUAGUACCUCGACGGGGCUCCGAUGCCUCGAAAGGUCAGAUGGAAGUUGGGCCGGAUGGAGAGGUGGAAAAGGUCUUCGUCGAGACUGUACUUGCAUAUGGGAACGUGUUGCCUUUCUUCCCUGAGGAAAAUCGGAAGGACAGUUCUCCAGCAAUCAAUGACAUCAAGAUUCAGCUGGUGCGGUUUGCUUGA